AUGGGGUCUGCUGAGGAGUGCAGAUAUAAAAUUCCCGUCAUUGAAAAUCUAGGUGCUACCUUAGACCAGUUUGAUGCUAUUGAUUUUUCUGACAAUGAGAUCAGGAAACUAGAUGGUUUUCCUUUGUUGAGGCGACUGAAAACAUUAUUAGUGAACAACAACAGAAUAUGCCGAAUAGGUGAGGGACUUGAUCAGGCUCUGCCGUGUCUCACAGAACUCGUUCUCACCAACAACAGUCUUGUGGAACUGGGUGAUUUGGACCCUUUGGCAUCUCUCAAAUCACUGACUUACCUAAGCAUUCUAAGAAAUCCCGUAACAAAUAAGAAGCAUUACAGACUGUAUGUGAUUUAUAAAGUUCCACAAGUCAGAGUACUGGAUUUUCAGAAAGUAAAACUAAAAGAGCGUCAGGAAGCAGAGAAAAUGUUCAAGGGCAAACGGGGUGCACAGCUUGCAAAGGAUAUUGCCAGGAGGAGCAAAACUUUUAAUCCAGGUGCUGGGUUACCAGCUGACAAAAAGAAAGGUGGGCCAUCUCCAGGGGAUGUAGAAGCAAUCAAGAAUGCUAUAGCAAACGCAUCCACUCUGGCUGAAGUGGAGAGGCUGAAGGGCUUGCUGCAGUCUGGUCAGAUACCUGGCAGAGAACGCAGAUCAGGUCCCGCUGAUGAUGGUGAAGAGGAGAUGGAAGAAGACAUAGUCACAAAUGGGUCCUGAGUAGUGAGGCAGAUGGAAUUGAUCCUUGGGAUAAAUCUUGGUUUUGAACACAAGAAUACUGGCCUUGUUUGUGCCAGCAGAGUGGAAUCUGUCAGCAUGGUUGAAAUGCUUAAAACUGCUACUGGUAAUUUGCAAUGAGUACUCGCUUCGACAGCACAUGUACUAAAAUUUUGCAAUGAAUUUUGAAGUCUAAGUCAGUUUUCUACAAAUAUUAAAAAUAAAGGCCACUUGCUGUGCUGCCAAGUUG